UAAUCUGAAACUAAAAACUGAAAUUCCUUCAUAUCUCUUGCCGGCAAAUUUUAUUACUUUCUGUUCUUCUUCUCGUCUUUUCGGUGUUUUUGUUCUUUUUUUUUUACAAUAAUCUCCCUUCCUUCCCACCUGGAAUAAAGCGGCGGCGAUGGCCGGAGACACCCCUGGAGAGUUGACUUCUUCCAAGGCCAGCCACGGAGAGGGUGUCCUUGGGUUGUUAAAAACAAUGAACCGCGACGAGGUUUUCGAAGCUUUAUCUCAAGGGUUUUGCCAACACUGCGAAGCUGUUCUGGAGAAGCGAAUUAAUCAGAUCUUGAAUAAAAGAGGUAGUGAAACAUCUUUGUCAAAUGGAGAUGCCGGUGUGGCUUCGAAUGUUACUCCGGUACCGGAUUUGGGGACCGAUCGUGCCCUGACCCCAGCGGCGAAUUUCGAUAUAUUGCUUAACGAUGGACUUGGUGGAACUGUGGUUGACAAUGGAUUGUCCGAGGAACAAAAGGAGCAUAUCAGGUUCUCCCAAGUUGGUAGGAAAAAGGAUUUUGUUCACACCGAGAGGGUCGAUGGGAGACCGACGAAUGUGCUAAAAGGGCUCGAGCUUCAUACGAAGGUCUUCAAUGCCAAGGAGCAGAACAGAAUUGUGGAAUAUGUUUAUAAUCUUCAACGUAUGGGCCAAAAGGGGCAACUUAGAGAACGAACAUACACAGAACCGAGGAAAUGGAUGCGUGGCAAAGGUCGUGUUACGAUACAAUUCGGAUGUUGUUACAAUUAUGCAGUGGAUAAAAACGGGAACCCACCGGGAAUCAUUCGGGAUGAAGAAGUUGAUCCCUUGCCCCAGUUGUUCAAGCAGAUGAUCAAGAGGAUGGUCCGAUGGCAUAUUUUGCCUCCAACAUGUAUUCCCAAUAGUUGCAUCGUAAACAUUUACGACGAAGGGGAUUGCAUUCCUCCCCAUAUCGAUCACCACGACUUCCUUAGGCCCUUUUGUACCGUGUCUUUCUUGACUCAAUGCAAUAUUCUUUUCGGUUCGAGUUUGAAGAUUGUGAGUCCGGGAGAGUUCUCGGGAACUGUAUCUAUACCUUUGCCUGUAGGAUCUGUGCUUAUUCUAAACGGCAAUGGAGCCGACAUUGCAAAGCACUGUGUCCCAGCUGUUCCAGGAAAACGGAUAUCCAUUACAUUCCGGAGAAUGGACGAUAACAAACUUCCGUACCAAUUUUCACCCGAUCCAGAGUUACUGAGAAUCAAACCAUUGGUCGUUUCUCCUACGGUGAAUUCUGCCCCGCAAGGCCAUCAUCAAAAGCGGAUUAUAAACUCUUCCUUUGUAAAGGCAAUCGUUCAACAAAACCAGCACCGAAAUGGCCAAGUAAGCAAGGACAAAUCCGAUCGAGAAACUGCGAAAACAACAAAGAACGAUUCCUUCCUCGGAAACGAUGAUUUCCCUCCGCUCGGUGGAAACAACGAUUUCCCUCCGCUCGGUAAAGCCAACAAAACAGGAUCAAGGCGAUGAUGAGUUCUUUUCUUUUGGAUAGAUAGAUCAUGGAACAAUUGAAUUUAGUAGUGCUUCUCCUUCAUGUAAGACUUGAAUGCUAAACUUUAAUAUGUAUUAUUGUAUCAAGUUGGGAAUAAUA